GCUAACGCUUUCAUGUCUCAACCAACUACUUAGCUGAACUGCCCUUCUCACUUUCCCUCCGCCAUUCUUUCUGUCUCCCCUUGCUACAAUGGGGACGAGAUUAUGGGAUUACUGGGUAGAAGAAGCACUUGUUAAGCUUGAAUCUUUAAAAGUCCUGCGAUCUUUAAGGCCUAUUUACCUCUCCAAAGAACCUCAACCCCGAAAUGAAAACUCACUUGAACUAGAAGGCGAUGAUUACGAGGCGUUCGACGAAAUGCAGCCAUGGGAUCGCUUCUCAGUCGAAGUCUCCAUUUCAGACUCUACAUUUCAAGAAUGGCUCCUUGAAAUUCCCAGUUCCGGAGACGAGAUUGCAUGUACAGACAGAAUAACUAACCAUAAUGUUGAGGGGAGGUACAAGAAAUUACUUUUAUUCUCUGGCAAUGAUUACUUGGGCUUGAGUUCACAUCCCACAAUUGGAAAGGCUGCUGCAAAGGCAGCCCUGGAACAUGGAAUGGGACCAAGAGGUUCUGCUUUAAUCUGUGGAUACACCAAUUACCAUAGGUUAUUAGAGUCUUGCUUGGCAAACUUGAAAAAGAAAGAGGAUUGUCUUCUUUGUCCUACAGGGUUUGCUGCUAAUAUGGCAGUGAUGGUAGCUCUUGGAAACAUCAGCUCUCUUUUGGCUUCAGCUGAAGAACCUCUGAAGAAGGAAAAGAUUGCCAUAUUUUCUGAUGCACUGAACCAUGCUUCAAUAAUUGAUGGUAUUCGUCUUGCUGAACGGCAACAGAAUGUAGAGGUGCAUGUGUAUAGACAUUGUGACAUGUCCCACCUUAGUUCAUUAUUAUCAAAUUGUGCAUUGAAGAAGAAAGUUGUUGUGACUGACAGCUUGUUUAGCAUGGACGGAGACUUUGCGCCCAUGGUUGAGCUUGCAAAUCUUCGCAAGAGGCAUGGCUUUUUGUUAGUCAUUGAUGAUGCCCAUGGAACAUUUAUUUGUGGAAAAAAUGGUGGUGGAGUGGCUGAGGAGUUCAAUUGUGAAAGAGAUGUUGACAUAUGUGUUGGAACUCUGAGUAAGGCUGCUGGUUGCCAUGGUGGAUUUAUAGCAUGCAGCAAGAAGUUGAAGAAACUCAUACAAUCAAGGGGUCGCUCUUUUAUAUUUUCAACUGCUUCCCCAGUCCCUGUUGCUGCUGCUGCCCAUGCUGCUGUUAUUGUGGCCAAAAAGGAAGUGUGGCGUAGAAAGGCAAUUUGGAAAAGGGUGCGAGAGUUUCAGGCAUUAACUGGAAUCCCCAUCACGAGUCCCAUAAUUUCUCUAGUUGUAGGGAGUGAAGAAAAAGCCCUGCGAGCCAGCCGGCAUUUGUUGAAAUCUGGUUUCCAUGUGACUGCAAUCAGGCCCCCAACAGUGCCUCCCAAUUCUUGCAGGCUACGAGUAACUUUGAGCGCAACUCACACGACUGACGAUGUGAAGGAACUAAUAGCUGCAUUAUCCUGUUGCAUCAACUUUCAAGAUGUUGGCAGCCAUUGCUCAAAUGGAUAUGCUAGACUUUAGAAAUUAUCUUGGUUUGUGAUAUUUUUUAUUACCAUUUAUCAAGAAUUGUAGAAUAAGGAGUGUUAUAGCAAGGCAAAAAUGCGGUAGUAGGCUAGCUAGCACAUACAUUUUGUGUGCUGCAGAAAUUAGGUCUUGGUAAGAUGAUUUAGUUUCUUUCUAUUUCAGCUGCUUAUUAUUUUCUAUGUAUUUAUUUCGCAAGUUUAGUAUCAGUAUUGAGUUGAUAUGGCAGAGCAUGUGAAUAUAAAAUUAUUCCUACACAGUAAUUGAAACAUUGAAGAUGUAGAGGCCUAAAAUUAUUCCUGUACAGUGGGGUUGUUUUCGGAAAUUAUUUACCUAUUCCCGGCGUAUGA